GGCUCAGAUUCGAUCUCUCUUUCUUUUCUCCCUCAUUUUCAGAGAUCAACGAAGAAAAGCAUCCGCCUUUCCCAGAAACGGCGACGAGAGAAAGAGAGAGGAAGGGGGAAGAGACAGAGUCAGAGUCAGGGCCCGAUUUGGUUUCCCUGUAACAAAAAAAAUUCAGUUUCCAUCUCUCAAUUUUCUUUCCCUUUUCUCUCUUCUCCAGAUUUGUCUAAUCGAAUCCAUUCUCAAAGAUUACUGUAUCUGUUAAUCGGGUUUGAAAGAAACGAACUUUCAUUUCUGAGAAGAGAGAUUCUAAAAAAAAUAGGGAAGGGGAUUUUUUUUUUGACCUAAUUUUUUUUUUUGAAUUUAGGGGAUUUUGUUUUUGUUUUUGUUUUUUUUCAAUUUUGUGGAAAUGGAUAUGGAUAGUAUGGAAUCGUCGACGAGAAGCGUUCAGAACGAUGAGAUCCAUCACAACGGAACUUUCCACUUCUCUUCCACCAAGAGCCACGGCGGCGGAGGCGCCGCUUCUCCCGCCGUCGUUACCAAUAUAGUCGGUCCCACGGCGACUAGCGUCUACGAGCUUCUCGAGUGCCCUGUCUGUACCUGUUCUAUGUAUCCUCCUAUCCAUCAGUGUCACAAUGGACACACGUUAUGUUCUACUUGUAAAGUGAGAGUUCAUAACCGGUGUCCCACGUGUAGACAAGAGCUUGGUGAUAUAAGAUGUUUAGCUCUUGAGAAAGUGGCCGAGUCCCUUGAGCUGCCUUGCAAGUUUUACAACCUCGGAUGCCCUGAGAUUUUUCCUUAUUACAGCAAACUGAAGCACGAGUCUCUUUGUAACUUCAGACCUUACGGUUGUCCUUAUGCUGGCUCCGAGUGUGGUGUCGUAGGGGACAUCCCUUUUCUUGUUUCUCAUCUCAGGGAUGAUCAUAAAGUCGACAUGCACGCUGGUUCCACUUUUAACCACCGUUACGUCAAGUCUAAUCCGCGUGAAGUGGAGAACGCUACUUGGAUGCUAACCGUGUUUCAUUGCUUUGGGCAAUACUUUUGCCUCCAUUUUGAGGCGUUCCAGCUCGGGAUGGGUCCGGUGUACAUGGCGUUCCUGAGAUUCAUGGGUGACGAAGAAGAAGCACGGAGCUACAGCUAUAGCUUAGAGGUGGGAGGCAGUGGGAGGAAACUAACGUGGGAAGGAACACCAAGAAGCAUCAGGGAUAGCCACAGGAAAGUAAGAGACAGCAACGACGGUCUCAUCAUCCAGAGGAACAUGGCUCUCUUCUUCUCCGGAGGCGAUAGGAAAGAGCUUAAACUUAGAGUCACCGGUAAAAUCUGGAAAGAGCAACACAGUCCAGAUUCUGGGCUUUUCAUGCCAAACCUAUCUUCCUGAUCGUUCAUGCGUUCUCCUUUUUUUUUCUCUAUCUUUGAGAACGAAAGUUGUAUGAUGAAUACGUUUACACACUUCUUCUUUGUCUGUAUCUUAAACGUAUCUUGAAUGAAUGUGUAUCUUAUCACACGUUAUUAAAUCUCGUUUGUUGGAACUA